AUGAAAGUUUUUGAAAAAAAUAUCACAUCCAUCCUGUUUUCCACCCUCCCUGCCUCGCCCUCUCAUGUUUGGCGCAAAAGCACCACACCCCACUCUAUUUUCUUCAACCCUCCAGUCGGCACUCCCCAAGAAGAUGCUUUCUGGGACUCACUUCUUGGCUCUGUCCCUGCCAACAAGAUUAUCGGUGUGUCUUUCCCAUUCAAACAAUCUACGAUGCAUGAGAUGCAUCUUACCGACUCUACUACAUGUCUGGACAUUUGCUCCAAAGGCUUCCUGGUCAACAAUGAAUGGUUUUUCCCUUCCCAAGGAAUACCCACUGGUACCAAAAUUCUUCGCCUCUACCUCACAAAACUCCCCUUCCUCCCUCGUCAAGACCUUGAACAGCUCAUUAAGAACAGCCUUGUCAAGUAUGGUAUUGUCCACGAAAUUGGCAUCUAUCUUUGUCACAGUUGCUUUGAUAGCACUGGAUACGCCUACGUCAAACGACCCCCAACACCCACAACAUCACUUCUCCCCUUAUUGUACAAGAUCCCUACCUCCGACUCCACCCACUUCCUGGCUAUGUGGACACGCAUGGGUUCUCACUGCACGUAUUGCCGUGCCAUGGGCCAUGACAUCAAAGCCUGUCCUAUCCGCCCCCAAGACUCCCGCAAAUGUUUUACCUGCCACAAAACCAGUCACCUUCAAAACACAUGUCCACGAACACCCACUACAGAAUUCAGACCGUCCAAAUGCUCCCGGAAACUACCCAGGACUAUUUUGUCCGCCCAAGACCCAAAGACCCACCUACCACCUCCCCCAGCCUCACACCCUGACUCUGCAGCCCAAUCUAAGAUGGCAAACCCUCUGACAUUGUCCCUCUCUGAGACAACUCAACCAAAGCGCACCUAUGCUACACACACAUCCCCAGGCAUAGAAACCGCCAAUCCUUUUGCAGUACUCGCUGAAAUCUUCAAGGCAGCCGAAUCUCACAUGGCUCAAACUCAGGAGAAAUCCGACACCAACCCCGCCAAUCCCCCAUUCACUCCUCUUUACCACAACCUGCAGACUGCCUUCAUCCCAGAGGGCUCCGGUUCCAGUCCCACCAUCCUUGAUGAAGAAUUCCACAAAAGUGCCUUCGAUAUCCUAGCCUUGCAGGAAACCCAUGCCCACACAGAAGACCUCCAACAAACAUUCACCCAACAAUUUCAAGCCAAAGAUUCCUUGUGGUCUCCCCACUGCAGACUGGUUUCCCUGUCGCCUUUUCUAUCCUUCACUGACCCCCUUUUCUCUUUGUGUGGCCAAUGCAUCACGGCCACUGUUGUUCACUCCUCCAAUUUGUUCUCUCCUUUUCGUGUUUGCGUUCUGUAUGCACCGGCCACCGUCCGCCCUUGCUAUGACUUCCUUACGUCUCUUCUGUCUUCCCCCCACCUGGUCCCUUCUAAACCUUCUCAAUUUCUAAUGCUUGGGGAUUUCAACUACGCCUCCCACACUCCACCCCCCAGGGCCCGUUUAGCUCCGAAGCCUUGGCUACAGUUCGUGUCGAAUACUCUCGUCGAUUGCAUUACCCCCUUGCUCUUGGCACCAAUGCCCACCUUCCACCGUGACAUGUCCUCAUCCACCAUUGAUUACAUCUACGUCUCUACCGACCUCGCUCAUUGUUAUGACUCUUCCACAAUCACUUACGUGCAGCCACUAUGGAUUGAUCAUUGCCUUGUCCAGACUUGUCUUCGCUUUCCCACCCUCUCCAACAUCGGCAAAGGCCUGUGGCGUGCCAACCUGCAUCUAGCUCACAAUCCAUCCUUCUGUUCCGCCCUCUCUCGUUGUCUGACCUCUUUUGUCCCAACUCUCCUCUAUAACUCCUCCCCACAAAUACAAUGGGAUCUCCUCAAACAGAAAGUGGCUCAUUUCACUCGCUCUUUCUCUCGCAAAUCCCACCCCUCCCUCGCUACACUGGAAGUCAAGUUGCAAAAAUACCACAUCCACCACUCUAGGUCCCUCUCCAUCCGUAGACGGGCUACCAUUCUCAACACUCUGGUUCUCUCAAAACUGUGGCAUGUCUUACGAGUUACCACAGUACCCAUGUUGUUCUUCCAUCGUCUCUGCUCCAUAAUGAGUAAAUUCCUCCAGUAUUGUACCUUUCCUUCCAUAUCUCUUGCCACACUCUGCCAACCUCUCAGUCGCGGUGGCCUAGGAAUCCUCAAUCCUCAAGUCCAGCAAGCCGCCCUACAACUGCAUUGGCUUCGUCCUCUGAUCCUUUUCCCCCAGCGACAGUCUGGUUUGGUUUCUCCCUGGUUUUCCUUUCUACUUCGCCUUCACUCUCACUCUGAACAUCUGCUUCUUCCUCUUCUUUUCCCACCCCUCCACUCACCUCAUCAACGGGAUUAUAACUCUCCAUUACAUACUAUUUUUGCUGCAAUUGACAUUCUUCCACACGACUUCACAGUCGUUACUGUCAACCUACCUACCUGUCUCUCUCUUCCUCUCUCAGUCAUGUCUUUAGUCCCCCCCAACUGUCCCACCUUCCCAUCCACUUGGCAAGAUCUCCGGGUAUCUGAUGCUUAUGAGAUUUCCAUUCCCUAUGCAAAUUCCACCCUAGUCCCACUCGUUCCAUUGUCCCCACUAUCUCUCCCUGCUCUCUCCAUUGCUGGUGGUCGAUCCCCCUCCCCCACGGCGCACGCAACGUGUGAUACCGCGCUUGGCAUAAGAAGAUACCCUGCCAUUCUCACCUACACUCCCGAAUACUGCUGGCUUUCCCUGACCCCACUUGUGCCGUGUGCUCCAGGGACUUGGAUUCGCAAACUCACUUUCUGUUCGACUACCCUGCCAAGCUUGCGAUCUGGUCCUCCAUCUGGACCACUUUCUUUGCCUUUCCCAUCACUUCCGACUCAAUUCACUCUUGUCUCUACCUUCUCAACUUUCCACCCUCCAAGGACACCAGUCUCUCAUCUGCCUCUAUCUUUGGGUGCACACUACUGGCUAUAUGGCGACACCACUGGCUCUUUGUAUUUGAUCAAGUUCCUUUUGUCCCAUCUGCCACCUUGUCUACCGCUCAUAUCCUCCUUAACUGACUCCAGAACAAGAUUGCUCUUGACCAUGGGUCAAUUUAGUUUCUGUCCCCCUCCCAUACUACUUCCACAUAUAAAACAAAAUCACAAAAACAAUUAG